UGAUGGAAGUGAAUGAAGACAAACAUCCUCAUUUCACAAAUGAAGAUGGAAAACUGACAUAUAAAAAUGAAGACAAGCAUCUGUUAGAAAAACCUCAUAAUUUCACAAAUGAAGAUGGAAAUGCAGUCGUUUCAAAGACUGAAGAGAAUUUCACACAGAAACAAUUUGGAAAAUCUGGAGUCAAAGGAUCUUUAACCUGCUCUGAGUGUGGAAAGAGUUUCAGACAGAAAUCAGACCUUAAAAGACACAUGAGAAUUCACACUGGAGAGAAGCCUUAUACAUGCACUCAGUGUGGAAAGAGUUUCAUUCGGAAAGAACACCUAAAUGAUCACUUGAGAAUUCACACUGGAGAAAAACCGUUCACAUGCUCUCACUGUGGAAAGAGUUACAGACAUCAAGGACACCUAAGUGUGCACAUGAAAGUUCACACUGGAGAAAAAACAUUCACAUGCUCUCAGUGUGGAAAGAGUUUCACAUCCAAAAGAAAUCUCAACUAUCAUCUGCUCUCUCACUCUGGAUUGAGAUCAUUUAGCUGUGAUCAGUGUGAUAAAACAUUUGUUUUGAAAUCACACUUAAGAGCACACCUUAACGUUCAUACUGGUGUGAAGCCUCACUUCUGUUCUUUUUGUGGAAAGAGUUUUUUACUACUGCAAACUUUACAAGUGCACCAGAGUAUUCAUACUGGUGUGAGACCUUAUAUGUGCUUUGACUGUGGGAAGAGCUUUAUUACAUCCAGCAACUUAAAAACACACCAGAGAGUUCACACUGGAGAGAAACCGUACAAGUGUUCACACUGUGGAAAGAGUUUCACUCAGCUAUCUCAUCUACAGACUCAUAAGAAAAAACGUUGCCCGAAGUUGUCUAAUGAGCAAAGUUCAUGUUCAGAUCCAUCGGUUACAAAUAAUACACUUACAAGUAAAUAAUUUGACGUUCAGAUUCAACAAAAGCUGGAUGAUUUGCUAAAAUUAGUAGUUAAGUUUGAUUGUUUGACAAGGUGAACCUUUGGGGUAGGUCAAAUUAAUAGUUCAGAAAACUAGUGUGUUGCCAUGAAACAAUUUGUGAAGAGAUGUGUUUUGUUUCUUUGUGGAGUUUAAUUAAAAUAAUCAUUUUCUCUUGCCCAACAAUCUUGGGCAUUUCAGGUGAACUGUAAGCUGUAAUUCUGUACCUUGUACAUCGUUACAAAACCAUUAAUGGUUGACUUUUUAAUGUUGUAUUUAUAUUUUAAUGCACACAUACCUAAUUUGCCAAUAAAUCAGUUUUAUCAAUUGCAAUAAAGAAUUGAA